CUAAAAUAAUAUAUUUUACAUAUAAUAUGUAAAUAAUAGGAUUUAUUAUGAACAUCCAAACGAUUGAUUGAAAAUGGUUGAGAAAUGUCAACGUUAUAGUGCUUUCUAUCCGGAAGAAGUGCUUGCUUUAAUUUGUUUGCAGACCAAUCUUGACCUCUAAAAUAUGGCGGCGACGUUGACGUACUGCAGCAACCCAUGGCAGCAAAGGGUCGAGGAAGUCAAUGCGCCGUCUAUGCAUAUUUGUUCAAUGGUUUACACAGUUUCACUCACACCCCUUUAAGUAUGUGUGUCGCGGGGCGCUAUGUGCAUACUACUUAAAUAUAUAUAAUGCCUUUGAACAUUAUAAUAUAUUUUACAGACAGUUCUUGGCUUAUGUUGAGAUAUAUUUGAUCGAUCAUUGUUGUUGUGCUUUGUCGGUAAAGCAUACACUAAACACCUAUACCACACGAGAGCAUUUAAAUGUAACAGGGCGACUUGCAUUAUGGGUAAAUAAAUAAAUGUAGUUUUAUCUCGACAAGUCCACUGCUGUCUUUCUAUGCUCGCAUGUCAAUGUAAUAACUACAUUACCCAGCUCAUAAAUGACAACAAUUUAAAACGCGCGUCGUUUAGGAAAUGUAUUGGUAUCGUGGAGGGAGACCUGUCUCCCAUACAAAAUGUUACUUGUCCAGCAGUUCCGUUCGAGCUAUAAGUGUGAAAUUUAGACUCAAACCGCAGAAAUGUACGGUUACCAAUUGCUGCGAUUUGGUAAGCAUUUGACCUCUACUGGGUUCGCGUCUAGACGAAUCCCUCAAUGUGUUUACCAUUCUCAGAACUUCUCCACUUUCAAUUUCAGCUUGUCUCCCAAAAGAAAUAGCCCGUACAGCUCAGUGGACAGUGAGCGAUAUUCUUCUCUUAUAAAGUCUGUUGUCAAAUCAAGGGUGAGUUCCCAAACCCCAGAGUCACUUGACGUUGAAAAUGAUCACAUAUACGGACCCGUUGUCAAGUCGCAAACACAAGUUCAGAGACAUGAGUCCAGAGAGCCUAAAGUAAUUUGGCCAUUGAUAAACUGUGAGAGAGCUGAUACUUUUGAGGGGGACGUUGGACCUCUAACCCGGAUUUCACUGGAGCGGGGUCCAAGACGGUCUAUGGUCCCAAGUGUUACCCGCAUUCUCCAGAGGACACUAUCACCCGAGCAAUUGUUCUAUUUGGAGAGAUGGAAGAAGAGGAUGAUUGCAGACCUGGGAGAGGAAGGGUUUAAAGAAUAUAGUGAAUGUUUGUUUAGAAAUGGCCACCUUUUCCAUAAUGCUGUGGAGGAUAUUCUAACUGCAGAAAAGAAGGACACAGACCCUUCAGAUGCAUUUGGAUCUCCGGAAGUGGAAGGAUUUGUUGAUAGCGUCUCUCAUAUGCUAGAAGACGUCAGCGGAGUGAGGGCAAUCGAAAGCACUGUACGGCAUGGGUCCCUGAACUAUCUCGGCAUUGUGGAUUGUGUGGCACGCUACAGGGGCGUACUGUGUGUGAUUGAAUGGAAGACAUCAGAGAGACCAAAGCCAUAUCUCAGCAACACGUAUGAUAACCCUCUUCAGGUGGCAGCGUAUGCUGGGGCUUUGAAUAACGAUGACAACUAUAAUUACCAGGUUGAAAAUGGACUCAUUGUUGUGGCCUACAAGGAUGGCUCACCUGCACAUGUUCAUCAGCUGGGCUCGGAACUGCUUUUGGAAUUCUGGCAAAAGUGGUUGCUUCGCUUGGAGGACUUUGUAGACCAGAAAUGAGUGAGGUCACCAUUUUAGAUUGGACUUGUCUGACAACAUGGCUGAGAGAUGUAGUUGUCUUUUAUUCAAGAAUAUAUAUUUUUAUACAUAUGUCAAUAUUAAAAGUUUAUUAAAUCCACUAUUUCCAAUGUCUGAGGUCUUUACUGCUGACUUAAUUUCAAAACUGGAAUAUUUCUCAUGUCAAUUUCAUGUCAGUGAAUGCCAUUUUAUUUAUAGUGUACAAGGAGUAUUGUCAAUCCCUGACAUGGAGUUAAAAAGUGGAGUGCGUCUUCCCCUCCAGAUCUUCUUGAUGGCUUCAAGUUCAACUACUGAUUUAAUCAACAUUUUACUUCCAACUUAAUAUACGUAGGUCUGCUGUUAAGGAGCGGUCUCUUGAGGAUCCGACAAUGUAUGAUGAAUUUCAGAUGAUCAGUGGUUAACAGAUACCACA